AUGGACUUCGACCUCAAACGGCUCCAGCCCUGUGAAGAACCUUUCUACGGCAUUGUCCCCGGCAAAGGGUCCUACCGUAUUGGCCGAGUUGUUUUGCUAGUCACCUUUGGCACACAGGCCAACUACCGCAUGGAGUACCUCACAUUUGAGGUGGCGAACUUCAAGACUUCCUACCAUGCUAUCCUUGGCAGGCCCAUGUUGGCGAGGUUCAUGGUGAUCCCACACCACACCUACCUUGUCCUCAAGAUGUUGGCUCCAAACGGAGUCCUCUCCAUCUACGGUGACGUCGAUACAUUAUACAAGUGCGACACCGAGGCAGUCCAGCUUGCAGAAACCCUGGAAUACUCAGCAAAGGCCACCGCCAUGGUAGCCGAGGUCCAGAAGGUGGACAAGGAAUGUCUCACGAUCACAGAGAUGGAGCCGACGCCCACAGCACUGCAACCCGACCACAGGGUCAAGAAGAUCUACCUCGGCCUAUAA